CGUGGCCGUGGCCAGGGUCUCCGCCGCAGCCGGUGCAGCCGCUGCUGCCUCCGCCACAGUCAGUUAGUCAGUCCCCAGCAAUGGCGGAAGGAGGUGAGCGAGAGGAGCUGCUCUCUCCACCGCCGGUCUCUCCGGCCAAGCGCCAGUGCUCGUGGCCCAGUCCGCAGGCUCACCACCCUCGCGGUUCGCCCGGGGCGGCCGGCGGCGGGGUGGGGGGCGUCGGCGGCAGCUGCCUGCCCCUGGGGGCCCGCCCCCACCUGCAGCCCGAGUCCUUGCUGGACUGUGCCGCCAAGACGGUUGCGGAAAAGUGGGCGUACGAGCGGGUGGAGGAGCGCUUCGAGCGGAUCCCGGAGCCCGUGCAGCGCCGCAUCGUUUACUGGUCCUUUCCGCGGAAUGAGCGGGAGAUCUGCAUGUACUCCAGCUUCCAGUACCGCGGCGGCCCUGGCGCCGGCUCGGCUGGCGGCGCCGCGGGGGCUUCGCCGGCCGAGGAGGGGCCGCCACCACCCCCCGGGGCCGCCGCUCCGGCCGGCUCCGCCCCCGGGGCCGCCGCGGCGGGGGCGUCCCCCGGACUGGGCUCAGGGGCAGGAGCCGUCGGCGGCGGUGGUGGCGAGGGGCUGCCGUUCCGCCGGGGCAUCCGUCUGCUGGACAGCGGCUCCGUGGAGAAUGUGCUGCAAGUCGGCUUCCAUCUCAGUGGCACAGUAACUGAGCCGGCCACUACUUCUGAACCAGCAGUGACUUAUAAAGUUGCCAUCAGUUUUGAUCGAUGCAAAAUCACUUCAGUGGCUUGUGGUUGUGGGAACAAAGACAUAUUCUACUGUGCUCAUGUGGUAGCGCUCUCACUCUACAGGAUCCGUAAACCAGACCAAGUCAAACUGCGUCUUCCUAUCUCAGAAACCCUUUUCCAGAUGAAUAGGGACCAGCUACAAAAGUUUAUUCAGUAUUUAAUCACGGCACACCACACUGAAGUUCUUCCUACUGCACAGAAGCUGGCAGAUGAGAUUCUAUCCUCCAACUCCGAAAUCAACCAAGUAAACGGUGCCCCUGAUCCCACAGCUGGGGCCAGCAUUGAUGAUGAGAACUGUUGGCAUUUGGACGAGGAACAGGUGAAAGAACAAGUGAAGCUCUUUCUCUCCCAGGGAGGUUACUAUGGCUCUGGAAAGCAACUCAAUUCAAUGUUUGCCAAGGUUCGAGAGAUGCUGCGGAUGAGAGAUUCCAAUGGAGCCAGAAUGCUGACGCUAAUAACUGAGCAGUUUAUGGCUGACCCACGACUCACACUCUGGAGGCAGCAAGGAACAACCAUGACAGAUAAGUGCAGGCAGCUCUGGGAUGAGCUAGGGGCGUUAUGGGUGUGCAUCAUUUUAAAUCCACAUUGCAAAUUGGAGGAAAAAUCCUGUUGGCUGCAGCAACUGCAGAAGUGGAAUGACCUGGAUGUCUGUCCCCUGGAGGAUGGGAACUAUGGUCAUGAGCUGCCCAACAUCACCAACGCACUUCCCCAGAAUGCCAGUCACCGUUCAGAUUCUUUAUCCAGACCAAGACGGACAGUGUUCACUAGAGCCAUCGAGGGCCGUGAAUUGCAUUGGCAGGACAGCCACUUACAGCGAAUAAUCAGCAGUGAUGUAUAUAUAGCUCCUGCCUGCCAGCAGGAAAGUGAGAGACUACUCUUUAAUUCCCAAGGCCAGCCACUGUGGCUUGAGCAUGUGCCUACAGCCUGUGCUCGGGUUGAUGCCCUGCGUUCCCAUGGUUACCCAAAAGAGGCCCUCAGACUCACAGUGGCCAUUAUCAAUACUCUGAGAUUGCAGCAGCAACGGCAGCUGGAAAUCUACAAGCAUCAGAAGAAAGAACUGUUGCAGAGAGGAACCACAACGAUCACAAACCUAGAAGGCUGGGUGGGCCACCCCCUGGAUCCCAUUGGCUGCCUGUUUCUCACUUUGACUGAGGCCUGCCGCCUGAAUGAUGAUGGCUAUCUGGAAGUGUCAGAUAUGAAUGAAAGCAGAGCUCCUGUGUACCAGCAUGUGCCUGUGGCUGCAGGCUGCCCAGACAGCAGUGAGUCCUACCUGUCAUUGGCCAUGGAAGUUGCUCUGAUGGGGAUGGGUCAACAGAGGGUGAUGCCUGAAGGCCUCUACGCACAGGACAAGGUGUGCCGUAAUGAGGAGCAGCUCCUGAGUCGACUCCAGGAGCUGCAGCUGGAUGAUGAGCUAGUGCAAACACUGCAGAAGCAGUGCAUCUUACUCCUGGAAGGAGGCCCCUUCAGCGGUCUGGGAGAAGUCAUCCACCGAGAGAGUGUUCCCAUGCAUACCUUUGCCAAGUAUUUGUUCUCAGCUCUACUGCCUCAUGAUCCAGACCUGUCCUAUAAAUUAGCCUUACGUGCCAUGAGGUUACCUGUUCUAGAAAACUCAACUUCUGCAGGCGACACUUCCCACCCUCACCAUAUGGUAUCUGUGGUGCCCAGCCGUUACCCUCGCUGGUUCACGCUUGGACACUUGGAAUCACAGCAGUGUGAACUGGCCUCCACCAUGCUGACUGCUGCCAAAGGAGACACUCUGAGGCUCCGCACAAUCCUGGAAGCAAUACAGAAGCACAUCCAUUCUUCCUCUCUCAUCUUCAAACUGGCCCAAGAUGCAUUCAAGAUUGCUACACCCACGGACAGUAGUACAGACAGCACCCUGCUCAACGUGGCCCUGGAGCUGGGGUUACAGGUGAUGAGGAUGACCUUAUCAACCCUUAACUGGAGGCGCCGGGAGAUGGUGCGGUGGUUGGUGACAUGUGCUACAGAAGUGGGUGUGCAGGCCCUGGUGAGCAUCCUGCAAAGCUGGUACACACUCUUCACCCCCACCGAGGCUACCAGCAUCGUGGCUGCCACAGCCGUAUCCCACACCACCAUCCUGCGCCUCAGUCUUGACUAUCCACAGCGGGAGGAGCUGGCUAGCUGUGCUCGCACGCUGGCCCUGCAGUGUGCUAUGAAGGAUCCACAGAGCUGCGCCCUAUCGGCCCUUACACUCUGUGAGAAGGACCACAUCGCCUUUGAAGCAGCCUACCAGAUUGCCAUUGAUGCUGCUGCCGGCGGCAUGACUCACUCACAGCUGUUCACCAUCGCCCGCUACAUGGAGCUCCGUGGCUACCCGCUACGUGCCUUCAAGCUGGCCUCACUCGCCAUGAGCCAUCUCAACCUGGCCUACAACCAGGACACGCACCCGGCCAUCAACGAUGUGCUCUGGGCGUGUGCCCUCAGCCACUCCCUGGGCAAGAAUGAGCUGGCGGCCCUGAUUCCCCUGGUGGUGAAGAGCGUGCACUGUGCCACAGUGCUUUCGGACAUCCUACGGCGCUGCACGGUCACUGCACCUGGCCUGGCCGGCAUCCCAGGCCGCCGCAGCUCGGGAAAGCUUAUGUCCACUGACAAAGCUCCCCUGCGCCAGCUGCUGGAUGCCACCAUCAAUGCCUAUAUCAACACCACACACUCGCGCCUGACACACAUCAGCCCUCGCCACUAUGGAGAGUUCAUUGAGUUUCUGAGCAAGGCCCGGGAGACCUUCCUGCUGCCGCAGGACGGCCACCUGCAGUUUGCCCAGUUCAUCGACAACCUCAAACAAAUCUACAAAGGCAAGAAGAAGCUGAUGCUGCUGGUGCGAGAGCGCUUUGGCUGAGAGAGCAGUUAGCUCGCUGCUGGGGCAUCCUGCGCUCCCAGGUACCAUCCGGUCAGGCCAAGGACACAAACAUUUGUCCACCCUGAGAGGACUCUGAGCACCUGUGGCUGAAGCCAGAGGACCACAGGGCUAAGCAUGGGGAGAGUCCAACUCUAGCCAACAUGCCUUGUCAAGGUUCUCACAACAGCCCACUGUUCCUGGAGGAGCUGGGCCCUGCAGACCGAUCAGAAACCCCACACAUGCCACCUCACGCCCCGCUAUCCUGCGUGUCCUGAGCAUUGGCCCUCUCUCCUUGGCAAACACAGAACACUGUUCCGUCUCAGGGAUUGCUUAACCAGAGAAACAGAAGCAUUUAUGGUACUGUAAAUACUAUAGUAUAUGUGUUGCCAAUUACAUUGUAAAAUUGUAACUAUUUAUAAUUCUGGUUCUAAUCUGAUGGGUAGCUGUGGGUGGGAAGAUGGGCUUGUUUUCUGAGGAGAUUCACAACCGUUUCUCAGGUUUCCCUUGCAGAGGAUAUGCUAUUGGCAGUGGAAGAGUGGGGGUGGCAGAGAGAAAAACGGCCAUUAGAGUAAACCCCAAGUCUAGUCUAUGCAGAAACCCCGGCCUGCAGAUGGGCAUUGACAGCCCAGUGAUGGGUGAGGGGCAGGGCCCGGUCUUGACUUAGACCUUCACCUCAUGAAGCCAUGAGGACACAGAAGCUCUUGCUCCUGCCUCACACAGCCUCUCUCUCGGGGGGCCUGCCGAGCUCCUGAGAAACAAGGGCAGGGGGUGAAGGUCUGGGAGGCCACUGGGCUCAUAAUGUUCAUCUUCUCUGGUCACCUUUGUGUUAGACAGCAUCUGGUUUCAUCUCUAAUUACACUUGUGUGUGUGUGGAUCUGGAUGGCUACAUACGUGCAUCUGUGCACAUAGAUAUAUCUGUGCAUGCCUGCAUGUGCACAUGUAUAUUUAUGUGUAUCUGUGUCAGGUUUGUGUCCGUGUGAAGACAUGUCUGUGUACUGGAUGGUGGGUUUCUGUGUGAGGGUAUACACAUUUGUGAACAUAUAAAAAUACAUAUCUGUGUGUGUGUGUGUGUGUGUGUGUUGAUGUUUGUCGAUGCAUGUGUAGUGUUUGUGUAUCUGGGCACACAUAAGUGCAUGUGUAUAAACAUGUCUGUGUCUGUGUGUAACUGUGUAUAUUUCCACAUGUAGGUUUGUCUGUGAAUUCAUGUUUGAGGAUCUGCCUGAAUGUGUCCCUUCUCUUUUGCCAGAUCUCUCAUCCCCAUUUCUUAUUCUCUCAUCAGCUAAACAUGUUCCUCAUCUCUGUGCCUCCUUUAUUCACCAUUGUCUCACCAAACAAGCUUCUAAGCACUAGUCUCCCUCUGCCCUGAGUGGCUCCUUCAGCGCCACAUUUCUCUUCUUACCCUGUACUUGCUUUCUUCCCCUGCCUUUCUACCUCAAGCUUCCUCUGCCUGCUUCUGUCACAGUCCCAUUGGUCAUUGGUUUGGAGGCUGCGGCUGGAAUGCAUUUGGCCUUUUCCUUUCUGACUAGUUUCUAGCUCUAGUAGGCAACCCCUGUCUUAGCCCUGGCUGACCUCCACAGUGUAUCAUGUUCCUGCUACCUUCCUGACCCCUCUGCUCAGCCUGGAACUGUAAUAGGAGGUAGCACAGGCAUUUGGAAGAGUCAUUUAGAUGCCAGUGUCUUGGUGGUUACUGUUUCAUGUUUUAGUUCCCGAGUAGGGGGUGGGGUGUGACAGGGAAGGGGUGGUAUAGUUAGAGCGUUAACUAAGGACCUCUUUGUCUGCUUUACUUUCCUGUCUUUGACAAACUGUUUGUGUCGCGUUUUUUUCCUCCACACUAACCAGUAAGUUGCAUUUGCUGUUUGUGGCUACCAAAGUCUCACCGUCCAGCUAUGGGCCCAACAACCUCUCAGCCCAGUAGGUUGGUUUAAAAAAAAAAAGACAACGCCACUCCCAUUUCUGUAUCACAAUUGCCGUUUUUUAGCAAGUGUGUGACCUCACAGUGCUUUUCUAUGAAUAAAUCAUGGAUCACAGAAAA